AUGCUCAAAUCUACGUAUACCCCACCCCCUCCGUUACCUCCAGGGUGGACCGAACAUAAAGCUCCUUCAGGUCAUCUGUAUUACUACAACUCGCAGACCAAGCAAUCCACAUAUACAAGGCCUCAGGCCACUCCCGUACAACCUCCGCCUGCACCUGCACCAGAACCCACGAAUAACGCGCCAUUCCUAACCCCAGAUACACUUCCUCCCUUUUCUUCGACUCCUUAUGCUCCUCAUGGUUUUGGGCAUAGCGCUGCAUCUCACGGGCCACCUUUCGAUGGUCAGUCACGCGGAGGCUUUCGCGGGGGCAGAGGAUACCAUGACCGCAAACCCCGUGGGCUACAGGAUAGGCCUAAAACCAAACAUGAUAUUCCUGGAUGCGCGCCAUGGAUACUCGUGAAGACGAAGCUGGGAAGGAGAUUUGUUCACAACCCCGAAACGAACGAAAGUUUUUGGAAGAUCCCUCCAGAGGUACUGGUAGGAGUCCUUGAGUACGAUCGCUUGGAGAGAGAGGCGAAGGAAAGGAAGGAGCGGGGCGAGGAGACGGAAGAUGUCGCCAAAGGAAAACCCGAAGCUCAGGAGUCGGAUCAACCACGGCGGGAAGAAGCAGAGAGUGGUGCCGCUACGGCAGCUGGGGAGGAGAGCGAUGAGUAUGAGGAGGUCGAAGUUACUGAUAGCGAGGGUGAGGAAGAGCAACCUUUCAAACGACCGAGAACCGAAGAAGGGGACGAACAGCAGCCGAUGGAGUUCACUGAAGAAGAUAUGGAAUAUCAAUUAGCGGCAAUGGGCGAAGAAUAUGGCCUUGACCCUGGCGAAUACGGCGAACCCGGAGAAGAAGAAUGGGAAGAGGGCGCAGAAGGGCUUCCGCUCACGGAGGAGGAUGCCACAGCCUUAUUCCGUGAUCUUCUUGACGACUAUCGCAUUAACCCGUUCUCCACGUGGGAAAAGAUCAUCGAAGAAGGUCGGAUCAUUGACGAUAGCCGCUACACUGUGCUGCCAAACAUGAAAACGCGUCGUGAGGUCUGGUCCAACUGGAGUCGUGACCGGAUUCAAGAACUUAAAGAACGCAAAGAGAAGGAAGAAAAGAAGGACCCGCGCAUCAAGUACUUGGCCUUCCUCCAGGAACACGCCACACCAAAGUUGUAUUGGCCCGAGUUCAAGCGCAAAUACAAAAAGGAACCAGAAAUGAAGGAUACGCAAUUGUCAGACAAAGAUCGAGAAAAGUACUACCGCGACUUGAUUUCUCGAUUGAAACAGUCAGAAAGCACGCGAAAGUCUGACCUUUCAGCGCUACUAAAAUCUGUACCACUGCACGAACUCAAUCGGUCGUCUAAUCUGGAGGCUCUUCCUCCUUCCAUCAUCACCGAUCUCAGAUACAUCGCCCUUAUGCCCAAAGUGCGGAAUCCGCUUAUCGAGGCUUACAUCUCUACCUUGCCUGCUGCUCCGGAAAGCGACAUGACCGCCGAGGAAAGAGAAGAGCUAGAACGGAAGAAGGUUGAACGUGAUCGACGCGAAAAGGCGUUGGCAGAACGAGAGAAGCAGGUACAAGAGGAGAAGAGAAAGCAAAAAGGCGAGCUUGUUCGCGGUAAACACCUUUUGAGAGAAGGGGAAGCGGAGAUCGAGGAAGCUAUGAGGAUCAAUAGAGGAGGACUUCGCAGCUACAUUGAAGCCGAAGAUCAAUCUUCAAAGGGCCAAGGCGAGAACGCCAGUCAGCAGCCAUGA